AACCAAACCCCCUCAGUCAGCCAGUCCAUCACCUUCCCGCCACUCUAACGACGAGCCACCUUGACCUUUUGGGGUAGAUAUUGUUGCAGGUGAGUCUACGGAGUCUCAAUUACAUGCCGUGCAAUUUUGGCCGCCGCAGGAGCAGGCGGCGCCCGAGAAUCAACAUUUGAAAAUUGCCGCCUGCCCAGCGGCUUUCUGCAUUGUGUGGGGUUCUGCCGGAUUGAAAAUUGUGGAAGAAGCUACGCUCCAGGCGCCAGCUCUCAAUCGGACCAAGCAGCUCCAGCUCGACCAGGCCUUUGACUGAGCUGACCAACCUUCCCCGAACUCGCAGAAGCAGAAGACAGUCGCGAAAAUGGCCAACCCCAGAGUCGAGGAACUCCCGGACGAGGAGCCUACCAAGAACGUCUCCGUCGAGGAGGGUGCCGACGAUGACAGCUCCGACUCUGAGAUCGAGGCUGGCGACUCCAGCCUCCCAGCCGGCUCUUCCGCCGUCAUCCACUCUCGCAACGAGAAGAAGGCUCGCAAGGCCAUGGAGAAGCUGCACCUGACCCGCAUCCAGGGCAUCACCCGUGUCACCCUCCGCCGACCAAAGAACAUCCUCUUCGUGAUCAACAACCCCGAGGUGUACAAGUCUCCUAACAGCAACACGUACAUUGUCUUCGGCGAGGCCAAGAUCGAGGACCUCAACGCCUCCGCCCAGGCCGCCGCCGCCCAGCAGCUCGCCCAGGCCGAGCACGACCACGCCGGCCACGACCACGGCGAGGCCAGCAAGGCCGUCGAGGGCGGCGAGGCCAAGAAGGAGGAGGAGGAGGAGGAUGAUGGUGAGGAGGUUGACGCCGAGGGUAUCGAGGACAAGGACAUCGAGCUUGUCAUGACCCAGGCCAACGUAUCACGGAAGAAGGCUAUCAAGGCUCUGAAGGAGAACGACAACGACAUUGUCAACUCCAUCAUGGCCUUGAGCAUCUAAGACCCGACCGCCCAUUCUUACUCUCCAAGUCCUUUUGGUAUUACACGAGAUGCAUGGUAGCGCUAAGGGUUCUCGUGGUUUGAUGGACUCGGGGCCUGAAGGGGCCGAUCAAGAGCACGUCAGAUUAGUCGGAGUUGAUUAUCGGGUUUCAUGCACUCAAAAAUGAAAACACCAUGCACUUGACCAAUUCAUCUUGAGAACCUAACGAUGGUCUGGUUGUCUUGGAACCUGCCGUCACUUGGGACUGUCGGAACGGAUCUGCUUUAAUGGAGGCAAUGACGAAGGCGCGUGAUGCAAACUCCGGGGUUGGCGCCAGCUACGAGGAAUGAUCUCAAAAAUGAGUACUCAUGGGAGAUCAUCCUUUGAGAGAUUGUCCCAGGUAACUCAUUCUAACAAGAGGGUGCGUGAAUCGGAGCAGUGACAAAAGUCCAACCCGCCACCGGGUGAUUCUCCAUGCAACGGCUAGUCAUAAACAUGCAGAAAAGCAGAAGUGAAACGUUAUAGAUCAAGAGUUUCGUAUCGAA